GCUCCUGUGUGAACAAAGACAGACGCUGGUGACUGGGAAAGAGACCUCCCCUUCUACUUUUCAUCUGAUCCAGACUGUUACAAGGUCAUCUCCUGCUCUGCUGUGCCACUCUGUAUGUAAUGCAGGAGAUCCCCCACCACUCCUACUACUCCAUGCAGCCUUUAAAAACACAGCAGGCAGUAACACAGACAGCAGAACUGGUUCUUCCUCUCACACUCACACACCGAGAGUCACUCAAUUAAGCAACUGGCUGGAACGGAGAAAGAACAACAAGCACCUGACAGACAGCUGGUAUAGAAGUGCUCUUUCUGCUGAAUAACUCUUCUUCUGUUAAAAAAAAAAACAGACCGCCAUUCUAAUUAAUCUGGACCAAUAUAACAAGGAGCAUUCUCUACUGUGGAACAUAUUUCAGCUGGAUCCUCAUCCAGUUCCUAUCCUGCAGUUAUUGACUUCUCUUUCUGGGCUGGUAACAUCUGUCUCUGUGCCAUGGGGCUGAGUGAAGAUCAUGAGUGUGGUGUGUGCUAUGAGCGCUAUUCCCGUAGCAAGCAUGUUCCCAGAGUGCUCUUCUGCAACCACACAUUUUGUGGCCCUUGCCUGGAGACCAUGGCCACACAGCGGAGUGGCAUGCUGAGUGUCAGAUGUCCGCUGUGUCGCCAAGUUUCUUGCGUGCGCCGUGGUCUCUCUCUGGAGGAAGCCCUGUGGGUCAACAGCCGACUGUGGGACCACAUACAAGAAGCUCAAGAGCUGGAAGUAAAGGAGGAGGAUUUGGAAAAAGAAUGUAAGGAAGAGAAGAGAAAGAGUGAUGUCGCAGAGGCAGUAUCUCCAGUGCAGCCUCAGUGGUUGAGGCCAUCGCCCCAGCAUGACCGACUCAGACUACGUCUCCCAGGGUUCCUGAGAAGAAUGAUUGUCCCCAGGCAGUCGCAGGAAAGAAUAGUACCUGGGUGUAAUGUGCGAAUGAAAUCAUGGCGACGGCUGUCAGGAGAGGAAAUGCCCUGAACUAGGUUAUGCCAGAUGAUGCUGCACCCUUCUUUUGCCAUUGUCAUUGAAGACAACAUUCCACAGGCGUAGUCAGUAGUCUCUUGGAUUACCAAAAGAACAGGAGCCUCAGCAUGCGACACUGCGCAGCAGUGAAAAACUGCAACACUCUGCUGUAAUUGUUUGACCGGUCUAUCUGCACGGAUCUUCUCAUUAACCGUUUCAUCCAUAAUCCUCUACAGCUGCUGUGAUGGGAUCUAUUUCAGCUGUUCCAAAACAGACAAUGGGUGUAAUGUAGGAAAAGAGAGGGGGUCCCAGAUUGCAAUAUGAGGUGGAACAGAUGGCAUCUUUAGGCAGACCCCCUUUACUGACUUAAACUGCACCCCAGCUCAAACACAAACCAUUUAAUUUAUUAUUAAUGUUCUUAUUUGUUAUUUCUAAUUUUAUAUUAAAUGUUUUUUUCAGUGGGCA